CAACAACUCUCUGCCAACACUCAUCUUCAACGCCAGCUCUCUGCCAACACCUCGGCACAGCAACAACUCUCUGCUAACACUCUUCCACAGCAACAACUCUCUGCCAACACUCCUCUUCAACCCAGCUCUCUGCCAACACCUCGGCACAACGCCAGCUCUCUGCCAACACCCCCACAACGCCAGCUCUCUGCCAACACUCCCCCACAGCCACAACUCUCUGCCAACACUCCUCUUCAACGCCAGCUCUCUCUGCCAACACUCUUCCACAGCAACAACUCUCUGCCAACACUCCUCUUCAACGCCAACUCUCUGCCAAUACUCAUCUUCAACGCCAGCUCUCUGCCAACACCUCGGCACAGCAACAACUCUCUGCCAACACUCUUCCACAGCAACAACUCUCUGCCAACACCCCCACAACGCCAGCUCUCUGCCAACUCUCUUCUACAGCAACAACUCUCUGCCAACACUCCUCUUCAACGCCAGCUCUCUGCCAACACUCUUCCACAGCAACAACUCUCUGCCAACACUCCUCUUCAACGCCAACUCUCUGCCAAUACUCAUCUUCAACGCCAGCUCUCUGCCAACACCUCGGCACAGCAACAACUCUCUGCCAACACUCUUCCACAACGCCAGCUCUCUGCCAACACUCUUCUACAGCAACAACUCUCUGCCAACACUCCUCUUCAACGCCAGCUCUCUGCCAACACUCUUCCACAGCAACAACUCUCUGCCAACACUCCUCUUCAACGCCAGCUCUCUGCCAAUACUCAUCUUCAACGCCAGCUCUCUGCCAACACCUUCGGCACAGCUCUCUGCCAACACUUCUCCACAACGCCAGCUCUCUGCCAACACUCCUCUUCAACGCCAGCUCUCUGCCAACACUCCUCUUCAACGCCAACUCUCUGCCAACACUCUUCCACAGCAACAACUCUCUGCCAACACUCUUCCACAACGCCAGCUCUCUGCCAACACUCCUCUUCAACGCCAACUCUCUGCCAACACUCUUCCACAGCAACAACUCUCUGCCAACACUCCUCUUCAACGCCAACUCUCUGCCAAUACUCAUCUUCAACGCCAGCUCUCUGCCAACACCUCGGCACAGCAACAACUCUCUGCUAA